AGAGCCAUUGUGCCGAAAGACUUUCCUUGGUGAAUGUAAUUCAUUUCACAGCACAUUCUUGUAUAAAACAGAAUGGCAGCUCUGGGGUUGGAGAUAUUAGGGGUCACCCUAGCUGUGUUCGGUUGGAUUGUAGGCAUCAUGUCUUGCGCUUUGCCUAUGUGGAAGGUCACGGCUUUCAUCGGAGUGAACAUUGUAACGGCGCAGACCAUAUGGGAGGGAAUCUGGAUGAACUGUGUGGUGCAAAGCACUGGCCAGAUGCAGUGCAAAGUCUACGACUCCAUGCUGGCACUCAGCUCAGACCUGCAGGCGGCCAGGGCUCUGUGUGUGAUAGCCAUUGUGAUGGGAGUACUGGGACUCCUGCUCUCCAUUGUGGGGGCCAAGUGCACUAAAUGCCUAGAGGAGGAGCGAGCCAAAGCCAGAGUGAUGAUCACCGCUGGAGUCACCUUCAUCUGUGCUGCAGUCAUGCACCUGAUCCCUGUGUGCUGGUCUGCUCACAGUAUAAUCAGAUCCUUCUACGACCCAUUAAUCAUAGAGACACAAAAGAGGGAGAUAGAAGACAUGUCUUUUGGCCUGGAGCUAAUAGGUAUCAUCUCAUGUGUUCUGGGCUGGCUUUUGGCCAUCUUGGCUUGUACUCUCCCCACGUGGAGGGUCACAGCCUUCAUCGGCUCCAACAUCGUGACGGCUCAGAUUAUCUGGGAUGGCCUGUGGAUGUCCUGUGUGGUUCAGAGCACCGGACAGAUGCAGUGUAAAGUUUAUGACUCCAUGCUGGCUCUCUCUCAGGAUCUUCAAGCAGCUCGAGCCCUGACUGUCAUAUCCAUCCUUCUGACCGUCCUGGCUGUACUGGUGUCCAUUGGAGGAGCGAAGUGCACUAACUGUAUUGAAGACGAGUCGUCCAAAGCUAAAGUCAUGAUCCUAGGAGGUGUGCUGUUCAUCAUAGCUGGGCUUAUGCAGCUGAUUCCUGUGUCCUGGUCUGCAAACAGCAUCAUCAGGGACUUUUACAACCCUUUGCUGCCUGACGCUCGGAGACGGGAGAUGGGAGCGGCGCUCUACAUCGGCUGGGCAGCAGCUGCACUCCUGAUUUUGGGAGGAUCAUUGCUCUGUUGCUCCUGCCCUCCAGAGAAGAAAAAAUCGAACCCAUCUAGGAUGCCGUAUCCUGGGUCUCGCUCGACCGGUGGGGGAGGCUAUGACAGAAGAGACUAUGUGUGAAACAAACAAAAGACAA